AUGGCUCAUUUGAGCUCUGCAAAGUCCUGCAAAUGGUACAGGAAGGGCAAGAACCCCGUUCCUCACGACCGCCUGGUACCUGAAGUUGUGGAACAGGUACACGCCGUUAUCCAGGACUCGAGCGACGCGGACGAGGAACCACUGGAUUUCCAUGACAUCAUGGAGAACAGGGAUCUGUUCCGGUUCGUUCUGCCUACUUCUACUGUUGAUGAUGGGCCCAACGGAGACCAGGGUGAAGCGUCUUCGUCUUCAUCCAGUUCUCGGCCUCCCCCGACAGCUCGACUGCCAGCUCUGGAUGACGACGAAGACACCCGGGUGGAGGAUGAAGACCCCGAGCGGGAGGAUGUUGAGCAAGAGGACCCUCCCGAGGACGCAAUGGAUGUGGAUGGAGUGGGUGUGGAUGAGCAAGCGGCUAAGGAUCCUAACCUCAAGUGGAAGCCCUUUGCAUCCGAGCUAGAUUGGCGGGUGGCAAUGUGGGCUGUCAGAGAAGACGUCGGGCAGAACUCACUGAACAGGUUUCUUCUCAUACCGGGGGUUGUUGAGAAGCUGGAACUCAGUUUCAAAGACGUCCGACAGCUUUUCCAGAAGGUGGACAGCAUCCCGGACCGAGCAUCAUGGCAGACUGCUACGCUCACCUUCCCUGAUCGACCAGAUGAGAAGCACAUGGUGCGGUACAGGGACAUCAUCGAAGCGAUUAAGGCCUUGGUUGGCAAUCCAGCGCAUGCCAAACAUAUUGUAUACCGGCCCAAACGAGUCUUUGCGGACCAGUCGCGGUUGAGGCGCAUAUACACGGAGAUGUGGACGGGCCUCUGGUGGGACACCGUACAGGAACACUUACCUGAGGGCGCCGCCCUCGCGUCAGUCAUAUUGGCCACCGACAAGACUCAGCUGACACAGUUUUCCGGUAACAAGUCUGCUUACCCCGUCUACCUCACCCUCGGCAACAUACCCCGCGCCAUCCGCCGCAAACCGUCCGAGCACGCUUGUAUCCUUCUUGGGUACCUGCCUGUCUCUAAGGUCAGCAAGAAGGGCCUCACCAAUCGCGAAAGCAAGGCUCGAACGCAGAAGCUCUUCCACGCUUCCAUGCGCCUCAUUGUCGAGCCCCUCAUCAAAGCUGGUGUCGAAGGUGUGGAGAUGACCGGAGGUGAUGGCUGCGUGCGCAGGAUAUAUCCUAUCCUCGCCGCAUAUGUCGCUGACUACCCCGAGCAAUGCCUCGUCACUUGCUCGAAGUACGGGACCUGCCCGAAGUGCCAAUGUCCAGCGGACAAGCUCGGGGAGAAAGACCCGAGCAGCCCUCGCACAUCCGAGCUCACAGAGAGUAUCAUCGACGAUGCAUGGUCGGGUGGUCGCAGUGCGGCUGCGGCUGAAGUCGAAUGCAUGCUACGGGACGUGAACGGUGCGGCGCGGUCGCCGUUCUGGACCAAUCUCCCUUACGCAGACAUACAUCUAUCCAUAACACCAGAUGUUCUCCACCAGCUUUACCAGGGGGUGUUCAAACACGUCGUCACUUGGUGUCAAGAGCUUCUCACCGCAGAGGAACUAGACAGCCGCCUCCGAUGCCUGCCCCUGCAGAGGAAAGAAAUGGCUCGAGUCCUCCUCGCAUGUCUCGUUGGCAAGGUCUCAAAGUCAACAAUGCUCACCUUCAGGUCUCUGUUGGAUUUCAUCUACUUAGCGCAGUACCCCACGCAUGACGACACUACCUUGGAAUACAUGGAGGAUGCACUCAAGACGUUCCAUGCCAACAAGCAAGUGUUGGUCGACCUCGGUAUACGGGAUGAUUUCAACAUACCUAAAAUCCACUCCCUUCUGCACUAUGUCCAGUCCAUCCGGCUCUUCGGGACGACGGAUAACUACAACACGGAGAUGUUCGAGCGACUUCACAUCGACUUCGCGAAGGACGCUUGGCGAGCAUCAAACCACCGCGACGAGUUCCCGCAAAUGAUGCGGUGGAUCACCCGCAACGAGAAGAUGGCUCUCUAUGAGAUGUUCCAGAGGGAACGUCAAGCGGAGGAGGAUGCUGAACACCCGGAGGACGAAGAACAUGCCGAGACCGGUUCAUCGGUACCAGAAGAACCUCCCCACUCUGUCACAACGGAAGGCGUGGACAUAGCGGGGACAUCUAUCAAAAUAGCGAAGUACGCACCUGCUCCUCAACAAAACCUAGCUAUGGUUCAAACCCGCCAUCACGCACCCGGAUUUACGACCGCACUCGUUCAGUUCAUCAACGCUUUGCAGCCUGACUCACUCCGACUCAACAGACAAGACCUCUCCAGAACGUGGCUGCCGUUCCAGCGCGUCGAUGUCUUCCACAAAUUCGCAUUCACACCUUACGAGCUGGACGACGGGAGGAUUGACAUUGAUGUUGUGAAGGCCAUACCGGCUUCGGUGCGAUCAGGGCGGAAAGACCGCUUCGACACCGUCAUCGUGUUGGAGAGCGGAGAUGCGGAGUCCACCGGCGUACGAGGGACAAGAGCGGGGAGAGUGAAGGUUAUCUUCGCUCUACCGCGCAAGCUCCCUGCGGUGCAAGGCGGAGGGUCUGCACCUCCAUGGUGGCCACGGGGUCCGCUCGCGUAUGUAGAGUGGUACACUCGCUUCGCGCCUGCGGCUGACUCCUCCCACUUGAUGUAUUCGGUCAAGAAACCGCCGUCCUCAAGCAAUGGUCUGCCACAGGGGAAGAUUAUUCCCCUGUCGCAGAUCCGGCAAUCCUGUCAGCUUACACCCGUUUUCCCCGGCGGUCCUCGCGGCACUGUUCCCGACUCCUGGUCAUCGGAAAACGUGUUAGAAACGGCUAGUACUUUCUACGUUAACAACUGGGUGCAGCAUUCUACGCCUACAAAAUUGGGAGCGCCAAUGGGUCCCAUGUUCGGCGCUAGUGGUAAAUUAAUCACUUCUCACGCCUCGUUCAACGCUUUGGCGUGGCUUUCGUACUCUCUGAAAACGCUUUUGCUCUCUCUUAUCCUCUUCACCGUCCACCCGUCCACCAUCAUGGCUUCUUUGGAUCCUCGCGUUCAAUUCCACAUCUCUACCUUUAUUCCUUCCUUCGGCGACGUUUGCAAGAAGGUCAAGCGGUGCCCCCAUGUGCAGAAGGGUUCCCUCAACCACCUCACCGUGGUUGAGAUAUCGAGGACGGGUCUGGGGACCCUGUGGAGCCAUUGCCCGAGGACUGUCAAACCCUGCCGUACCUUGCCCAGCAAGUUGCAGCCGAACGACGAUGAGGUUGCCGCGGCGCGCCCGUCCAUCAACGCUGCACUGCCGGAGGAGGGCCCAAACCGAUUCAUUUUCGUCGGCGGCAUCGAGGCGUGGCACAAGAGCCCCGAAUUCCCGGAGUGCCUUCGAGGGACGGACGAGAUAGGAAUAGUGGAGGUAUUCUUUUAUUACCGGGAUCACGUUGCGCCCAUCCAGCUGCCCCUCAUGUGCCGUGUACAUGGGGACUGGGAGAUAGAGCUGCCGUUCCGCCAGCCGGUCACUCAGGAGGUCAUUCCAUGCCUCAAUGGCUGGAAGAGGGACCCUAAGGAGUACCCGGCACGCUUCGACAUUUACGACGUCCAGCAAGCUAAGUUCAUUCCCCUCGGGUCCGUCAACGAACCCAUUCGCAUCCCCCUACCCCUUCGGCACGUCAUCCUCGUUAAAUACGAGAGUAUCUACGACACCAUGUGGCCCCUCUACUGGGCUAAAGGGAUCCGCCCUUCAGGGGCUCUGGGCGGAAUCCUGGCCAACAUGUACCCCCGCCCGUCCAUCUGGCCCGUGGGCUUCGAUUUCCCCAGGACCCGCAUCAACGCGUUGUCCGUGGUCCGGGUUGAAGGCAACCACCGGCCUCACGUCUUCACGCCAGCGGAGGGCGAUCCGGACUGUACCGUGGAGAGAAUGAACGUUCGAGAAGAUGAGGUCUCAGCGGAUGGGGACUCGGAUGCGGACACGGAUGUCGACUCGGAUGCCGACUCGGAUGCGGACUCGGAUGCGGCCUCGGAUGCGGAGGAUUGGGAUGGUGAGACGGCCGUGGGGGACUGA